CGAAUUCGAAGCAGCAGAAACGUUCCGUGGUCAGAGCGUUAGCAUCGCGGUACAUAGUCGCGACGGAUGGGGAAACGGUGAAUCGGUGGUCGGUCUGGUCGUUUAUACAGCGAUACGAAACGAUCGUCGAGUUUCUGGUCGCUGGUAGUUUCGCGACUACGUCGUGCUCGUGGUGCUGGCGGUGCUCGUGGUGCUCGUGGUGCUCGUGGUGCUCGUGGUGCUCGUGGUGCUCGUAGUAGCGAUAGUACCACCGGUAGUAAGAGUAGCAAGAGUAGGAAGAAGAGUAGUAGCAACGAUAGUAGUUUGGCGGUUGCGAUCGCGAUGAACGGCUGGUGGCGACGGUCGAGCGUGGUCGUGGUCGUGGUCGGAGUCGUGGAAUGGUCGCAGGGGAAGCGCGGUCGGUGAGGAAAGAAGAGGAAUCCGGCGGUGCAGCAGGGAGAGUUUCGGUGGGCGAAAACGGUUCGGAGAAGCGGAAUUCCGAGAAGAGAAACACACGGUGGUGCGGUGUCACGGUGGUGAGCCGUGGUGGAUGCCCUCGAAGACGCGUAGCGGCGGUCAUGCCGCGUGAUUCGAGCCGGUAUCAUCGCCGUCGUCGUCGUCGUCGUCGUCGCGUGACAGUCGAAUCGCGAAGAAGUAUCGUCGACGUAACGCGAGUGUCGUUGCUGGUGAAACGCGGUGAAGCGGUAGUAGCGUCGAAAACAUGAGUUCGAUCGACUUCGACGAGGUGUUGGUGCACGUGGGCGAGAAGGGCAAAUAUCAGAAUAUCAUGUACUAUCUCCUCUGCAUAUCGGCCACUCUUCCCGCAGCUUUUCUGGCCUUCUCGCAAGUGUUCGUGAGCGCGUCGCCGGAGCAUUGGUGCAGGAUCCCGGAGUUGGAGAAUAUGACGGAUCUGAUGUCGUUGGACGAGAGGAAAGCCCUGUCGUUACCCUACGUGGAGAAGUCGGACGGCAAGGUGAAGAAGUAUUCCAAGUGCAAGAUGUACGACGUGAAUUACACGGCGAUCGUGGAGUCGUGGUUGGAGCACGCGGUCUUGGAGAACGCGACGAAGGGAGAGGGCAACGAGCGACGGUCGAGGACUCGGUUGCCACCACCGCCGGUCGGUAACCCAGACUGGCCAGUGACCAAGUGUCGACACGGAUGGAUCUACGACAAUAGAGACUACGACAGCACUCUGGUCACCGAGCUAGACUUGGUAUGCGACAACAGUUGGUGGCCUUCCACCUCUACGACCUUCUUCUACGUCGGCAGCCUGUUUGGCAACGUGGUGUUUGGCUGGAUCGCGGACAAAUGGGGCAGGAGGACGGCCUUCUUCGCUAUACUCUUUCUCGAGGUGAUAUUCUCGAUAGCCACCAGCUUCAGUCCCAACUACGUCAUCUACACGGCGCUGAGAACCGUCAACGGCCUCUCUUUUCCAGCCAUCUAUCAGAUACCCUUUAUCCUAGCUCUGGAACUGAUGGGCCCGAGGUACAGAACGUUCGCAGGGAUGGUGAUCUGCAUGUUCUUCGCGUCGGCCAUGUCUCUUCUAGCCGUUCUGGGCUAUUUACUCAGGCACUGGUUUACGCUCUCGUUGGCUACCUCGGUCCCCUUCGUUCUUCUCUUUAGCUAUUACUGGAUCAUUCCGGAGUCGCCGCGGUGGCUUCUCAGCAAGAAUAGAAUAGACGAGGCGGAAGUGAUCGUGCAACGGAUGGCCAAGAUCAACGGUAGAACGGUGCCGAACAAUUUUCUCAGAAAAAUGGAGGUGGAAAUUUUACGGAGACAAGGGAUAUCCUGUAACGGGACGAAUUCGGGAGACAAUCCGGAAUCGAACGAGAUGGAGGAUCGAUCGCCACCGCCAGCAGCCACCCCGAUGGAUCUGAUCAGGAACCCGAACAUCAGGAAAAAGUUCUUCAUCCUGGCGUUCGAUUGGGUGGCCAACGCUGUGGUUUAUAACGGAUUGUCGUACAACGCGACGAAUCUCGGUGUCUCCGAUUAUCUAGCCUUCUUCAUCGGCGGACUGGUAGAGAUACCCUCGUACGUGAUCACGUGGUACGCGAUGGACCGCCUCGGCAGAAGAUGGGUACUGUGCCUGACCAUGCUACUGGGCGGACUCGCCUGCGUCUCUUGCAUGUUCGUUCCCGAAGACGCCGUAUGGAUAACGGUGUUCCUGGCGAUGAUCGGCAAGUUCGGCAUCGCUGCGUCGUUCGCGGUGUUCUACGUGUUCGUCGGUGAGCUGCUACCGACGGUGCUGAGAUCUCAGGCGAUGGGAAUCGCCUCGUUCAUCGCGGGAAUCGGUCUACUCGCUUUCCCGUACAUCGUUCACCUGGCGGUCUACUCCAGGGUCCUGCCGUUGAUCAUAAUGGGCACGCUCAGCGUCGCUGGCGCUCUCACGUCCAUCUUCCUGCCGGAAACCCUCAAUAUCCAUUUGCCGCAAACGAUCGAGGAGGGCGAGCUGUUCGGGGCCGACUUCAAGCUAUGGUCCUGUCCGACGCUACCAAAGAAGGGAAACAGAGGCUCGGACGACAAAUCGGAAGCCGUGCCACUGAGGUUCCUGGUGAACGGUCGACCGGGUAAUCGUUCGUUGUCGUCCGCGUUGCAGGAGGAGUCGGUUGCCGCGUCCUCGACAACAUCGGAGGCAACCGCGGCAACGAUAACGGCGAUAGCGACGAUCGAACGGGAAGCCGAGAAUUCCCGAUCCGUCCAGAGUCCGACAACGACCGACGUCCGUGGAGAAAUCGCGCACGACGACCGAUUCGACGACCCGUUGAUCGUCGUCGAGCAAAGAAGAACGCAAUGAAUCGUUUAACGUUUCACG